CGUGUGUACCCUUGUGCAAAACAUGUGUGUAGAGAUCCAGGUUUAAUAUGACCUGAAUUUCUUUCAAACAAAUGAAAUCUGCAUGGUGUGUUAUGCAUUUGUUUAUGUCAUUAUUCAUGUCUUUGAAAAAUUCAGACCUUAAUCAACAUUGGCAAGGUUGAAUCCCAAAUUAACAACUUGCGCUCUUGAAAGCAUUUGGAAAAAUUACACGUUUUUAUUUCGUAGUUGUGGUACAAAUCGAACAAGCGACUAUACCUUGCUAAAAACAGCCAAACUAUAAAUCAGUUGAUUAUUUUCUAAGUUAAUUAGAAAGUGUCACUUGUCUACAGUGAACUCAAAGUUAAUUAUCGGGUCCUGUGGGUAUUUCAUCGCCACGCCGCGGUGCUGCUCUGAUACAUUUAACCUGAGAUCGGCUCGCAGCAAGCAAUUUUUUUAUCAUAACAGGUAAGUGGUAAACUGCACAAUAUCAACUUUGAAUAGACUUAACACUAUUUUCUUGUUUAAUGGGAAACUGCACAAUUGAAAUUUUGAAUUGAGAAACAGUAUUUGGAUGUUUUCUCUAUCUCAAGGAUCUCCAAACUACGGACCGCGGGCCGCAUUCGGCCCGCAAGGCCCCUCUCAUCCGACCCGUGGAGACCUUUUUGUCUACGGAAAGAAACGGAAAUUCCCUUCGAGACUGCCAAGAUCAGUCGCCACUUACGUGGCUGUUAUGAUUUUACUGUAUUAAAAUAGACGUGCGCAGUAGUUCCUAAAAUAGCAUGUCUCCAAUGCUGUAAAAAUAUCACGCAACGUUGUGUAGGAAUUAUUGUCAUAACGUUGCAAUUUUUUUUCACAAAUGAACUAGCUAGAUAUCGCUUCAAUAGUACUCAGUAGUAGCAAUAUUACAGUAAUAUUUCGUCAACGGUAUCUUCAAUGUGCUGAUUCAGUGGUUCUUAUAUUGUUUAGAUUCCCGGCGCUUAUGCCAAAUUCAGGUAUUCAUCAUUCCUUUGAUGACCUCUCGGAUACUACUUUUCACUUAAGUGCUAGUUUGAUUUGAUUCAGUUUUGACUGUUGUUUGUUUACUGCGGUGGAAAUGCUGCACCUGGGGUGAAGCCGGAAAAUGGUGCCAAUUAAUAUAUAGAAAAAGUGCCCCCGGGGCGGGUGAAUAAAAAAGACGAUUCCCCCCCCCCCUUUUUUUUUUCCUCGUCUUACUCAAGUAUAUGGGAUUUGAUAUUUUAAUUCACUAUUAAAAUUAAAAUUGAAAUGAAUCCUUAAGUAAAGCCAGUUAUAAAGUUGCCUACGUCCUUGCUAAAUGAGGCAAACCGUUUACAGAUGGUGAAGUGGUGAAGGAAUUUUUGUGCGUGUUUUUUGUUUGUUUGUGGUGGCUGAGGAACUUUGCCCAGAAAAGUCAAAACAAUUUUAAAAUGUAGCUUUGUGUGCAAAUACCAUUGCCCGCAGACAUGGGGAAAACAGUGUGACUUAAAUAGCGAAAAAUGCAAGCAAGUUUCGCAAUUUUUCAAUUGCAAUGGAUGAGUCGCUGGACAGCUGUUCCACCUCACAACUGCUUGUGUUCAUUAUAGGUGUGGAUGAAGACAUGAACAUAACACAAGAACUGGCUUCCUUACAUAGCUAGUGCGACACUGUUACCGGAGAGGAUAUAUUCAUUAGUUGAAAAAAAAAACAUUUGCUGAUUAUAACUUGGACUGUUGAUGGAGGAAGGACCAUGAGUGGCUUAAAGAAAGGCUUGGUUGGACAAGUGAAGCAGAUGUGUAAUGAGAAAAAAAAUAUUCUACAACCAAUGUUCCUGCACUGUAUUAUUCACCAGCAAGCUUUGUGUGCUAAAUAUGUGGACAUUAGCAGUGUACUGAAUCCUGUGCUGAAGAUGGUGAAUUAAAUAAGACCACAAAAGCUCAACCAUAGGCAGUUCAGAGACCUGUUGAAAGAUACAGACACUGAAUCUCAAGAUUUACCAUAUUGCAAAGCAGCAAUAAGAUGGCUAAGUUGUGAGAAAGUUCUGAGCAGAGUAUUUAAGUUAAGAAAGGAAAUAGGUGACUUCCUGGAAAGUAAAGGCAAGCCACAGUCAUUAGUGUCUGAUGAACAGUGGGUAUAAAAUUGGUCUUUGCUGUAGACUAGCUAGUCAUUUAAAUUUUCUGAACCUAAAACUACAAUGAGAGGAAAAUCUAGUUUCUCAUCUAUACAACCACCUAAAGGCAUUUAGAUCCAAACUCGUCUUGUUUCUGGAACAGGUACAGGCCAACAACUUGACACAUUUUCAGCAGUGGACGGUCGUCAUGGCUGAAGCAACAGCGGAGUUCCCCACGUCAUUUGCAUGCGAGAUCAUCAAAGACCUCCAGCUACAGUUUUAGUCGCGGCCCUCGGGCUGAAAAGUUUGGAGACCCCUGACCUAUCUCAUAAUUAACAUAAUCACAUAAUUAAUACCAUCCAGUUCUCACGUUCUGCCCUGAAGGCCCUAAGUUAGUUCUCGUCCAUUGAAAUGUAUUCAUAGAUUUUAUUCUCCAAAUAUUUGUGAGGGGGGGGGGAGGCGCGUUUGAAUAUAUAUUUAACAACAACAACAACGAAAUCACCACAAUAGAAAACUUUAAAUAAAACAUUAGUAAUUAUUAAAAUAUUGUUGACAUUAUCAUUAUUCUUUGUUGUCACACAAGUUGUCAGUUAUUGACAUGGUGCAGGAAAUUGCAACACUUUAUUUCAAAUAGAAACCAACAGAUGAGGACGUUGACUGAAUGAAAAGUUAAACCUCAGCAAAGCAAUCUAGAAAACGGAUUUUAUAUAAAUGUAUCAAGUGUACUCACCGCAUCAUACCCACUUCUAUCAGCCCACAGAGUGCCACAUAGCCCCUUCCAUCCGCACACUCAGUGCCACAUACCCACUUCUAUCAGCUCUCUUAGUGCCACAUACCCACGUCUAUCAGCCCACUCAGUGCCACAUACCCACUUCUAUCAGCUCUCUUAGUGCCACAUACCCACUUCUAUCAGCCCACUCAGUGCCACAUACCAACUUCUAUCAGCCCACUCAGUGCCACAAACCCACUUCUAUCAGCCCACUCAGUGCCACAUACCCACUUCUAUCAGCCCACUCAGUGCCACAAACCCACUUCUAUCAGCCCACUCAGUGCCACAUACCCACUUCUAUCAGCCCACUCAGUGCCACAAACCCACUUCUAUCAGCCCACUCAGUGCCACAAACCCACUUCUAUCAGCCCACUCAGUGCCACAAACCCACUUCUAUCAGCCCACUCAGUGCCACAUACCCACUUCUAUCAGCCCACUCAGUUCCACAUACCCACUUUACACCAGCCCGUCAACAACUUUGAUUAUUGAAUUUCGUCUUCUUCUUUAGUGUCUCAUCGAAGUUGAUAAGUAAAAUCGAUAGAGUGUAAAACAGUAAAUUUGUUUUAAAUUGUGUCUUCAGGUUGUGGUACAUAGGACACACUGACCAUGAAGGAGAUUGGUCUUGGCUUGCUCAUUUUUUUAAACCUACUUAUAGGUGGUCAAACCGCGUGCUCGAUUUCCGACUGGACCCUGAGCUUUGACAAAGAAGGACAUUCCCAAUGUAACAGAGCUAACACCUAUAUACAAGGUUUCGAGCGCAGUGCAAGACAGAGCGGAAAUAAUGACGGGUUAGGUCUGAUAGAAGGUGCCCAGUGCUGCUCCCCGAACUCCCCAUGGACUAGCUCUAGAACGCAGACGGUCUUUGCGGAUUGGACGAAACUGUUUGACAACAACAACGUGUGGGCCAAUUGCCCGGCUGGCUAUUUCCUUCAAGGUCUGUACAGAACAGGACAAUUCCCUGGUCUGCUUCACAACAUAGAAGAGGGUAGAUGCACAAAACCCGCCGACCAUCCGAAUUACUACGGGCAGUGCUACGAUGAGGAUAUCAGUGUUUGCUUUGAUGAUAAAGGUUUGUGCAAGUGCAAGGAUGAUUACUUAGUAGCAGGACUAUACCGAGGAACUUGUGACAACCUAUAUUGCCUGGAGACCCUGAAAUGUUGCAAGAUGGCUGACAAGCCAGAAGAUCUGGACGAGCUCUACAAGGUCAAGUCCCGUGUCAUGGACACAACUAUGUCAGACAUCGCUGUCAUAGCACAUUACCUGGGUUACGGCUGGUGCGCCGGGUGCAGAGCUCUUUACGUGGGUGAAGAUUUCAGACGUGACGGUGACACUUGGCGUGCUGACAAAAGUGGGGCGUGCCAGGGGUACAAGAACGAGCAGCGCCUCGCUAUGGCAUACGGCGACUGGGGCUUUUCCAUGAAAGACAUCAAAUAUGGUGAUCCAGUCAUAGAGGAUCUGACGCCGGAGUCCAUCGACAGUGGGACCAUUUAUAACAAUGAUAAUACGGAAGUUACAAAAAGCAUUCAGAGAUCAGAGACAAGCGUGAGAAGUGUGACUCACACGACGACGAGCUCUUGGAAAAACAGCCACGAAUUGGGUCUAACGGUCAGCUACACACCUCCCUCCGCCACCGGUGGUGCCGGAGUCUCAGCGUCCUACAAAUUCAACUACGAGUCUGAAACGAGUGUAACAGAUGAGACCAACAGCCAACAGUCCAACACGUUCACCGUCAGCUCGUCCAAAACCCUCAAGCCUUACUCAGCCGUAAAGUGGGAUCUGAUCUUAUCUAAGGCGCGCACGACCGUGACCUACACUGCGACCAUCGUAGCAAAAUUUUCAACUGAGCUUCAAGGAUUUUUGCGUUGGGGAGGUGGUCCUAACGACCCCAACACCAAUUACCACUACCAGUAUCACGGUAGCGGCGACCGCCCGACAGUCAAUUACAGGUUCGGAGACAGCAAAGUACCUUUCUACACUGCACUCAAACGAGAGAGCGACACCAACAGCAGACCGUGGAUGUGGUACGAAAUGAAAAACGCUUACUCCGACGCUGCUUACCGCAUCGACGACCUUGCCAACGACGCCAGAUAUAUCUUCACUCUCAGCGGAAAAUUUGAGGAUGUGCUGGGUAAAAAGGUGGACAUCCACUGGGACACUAUUCCAUUGAAUGCUUCAGCACCCGUCGUAGACCCGAGCAGUUAUCGUCUAACAAACACCAGCCAUAUUGCUCUGAGUGGCCGAGAUGAUAAGCCAGCGGCUGUCAAGCUUCCUGAUACGCCACUGACACAGUUUCUGCUCCUUCAACAGUCUGAUUCUAACUUUACUAAAAUCGCUCCUUCUGAUGGAUCGGAAAACUGAAUUAAAAAUAUAAAGCAUUGCUCGAAAUGUUUUUUUUUUUUUUUAAAUGAUAUUACUUAAGAAAUUUUUGCAAAUAAAAUUCAUUUUUUUAAUUAUUUUAAGGAGGA